UCAGUCAGUGCAGCAGCUGCUAAUUUCCCUGAAAGACACCUUUCAGCUGGCGAUAAACACUGACCUCAUUUAUUAACUAAUAUGUUCUAAUUAACAGGACUAAGAGGAUCAGCUCUGCGAUCUAAUUUUGUACUAAAGAAUCAAGCAAGGAGUCAAACGCUGAAAGAUGGCGGACUCUGACAGCAGUACCACAGGCCGGGUAACAGUGUACUCUAUCCAAGGCUGCCCACACUGUGUGCAGGCGAAGGCCACCCUGGGGCGUUUGGGAGUACCAGUAUGCGAUGUGGACGUGGGGAGGCAUCCAGAGCUAAGGGCCCGUGUGAAGGAGCUGACAGGACGGAGCACAGUCCCUCAGAUCUUCUUCAACAACAUUCAUGUUGGGGGCAACGAUGACCUGCAGAGAUUGGCUCCUGAGGAGCUUCAGAGGUUGGUAACGCUGGUCAAGGAAGAGCCUCUUCCAUCAGAUGCUCCACCGCUACCUGAGGGGAACCUGUCAGAGGAAACAGCUGGGGAGCCUGAUGGAGAGUUUAAGUGUGAGAGAGAUGAAUUGGCGGACCUGGUAGAGGACCUCAAACAUGGCAAUGUGAUUGGCAAUCAGAGAAGGGGACUGACUUUAUACAAAAAGAGCUUCUCAGGUGAUCAACUGGUUGACUGGCUGCAGAUUGAGAAGGGCAUGGGCAGGGCUCAGGCCUUUAAUACUGGCCAGGCAUUGUUGCAGAAGAAGUACAUGGUCAGUGUGCGUGGCUCUGGGCAGCAGGAUGGCAGUUUUGGAGAAGGGAAGGACAGCGGGGAGACACUUUACAGGCUGCUUGAGGAUGACCCUAAUUCAGCCCUCAACGCAGGACAGAUGGCAGCCUGCAGUCCCAUCCCGGCUGCUGAGCUCUCUUUGCUUUUACGGGACAUGAUUCUGAAAUUGUUCUCCGAGCAUCUCUCUGCCGAUGGCAAGUCUGUGGACUACAAAGGCAUGUCGGCCAACCCUGCGUUUGAACGAUACUGUGAGCUGGCCAUUCAGCUUCAGAGGGUGGAGCUGCUUUCACUGAGCCGGGAGGAGAAGCUGGCCUUCUUCAUCAACAUCUACAAUACACUGGUCAUCCACGGGAAUCUUCGCCUGGGAGCCCCAACCAACAUGUGGCAAAGAUACAGAUUCUUCAACUAUGUGAGCUACCUGAUUGGAGGAGAAGUGUUCACAUUACAGGACAUUGAGAACGGUGUUCUGAGAGGGAACAGAAAAGGUGUCGCACAACUUCUGAGACCCUUCUCCAAAACAGACCCACGGCUACAAGUGGCUCUCUCAGAUGCUGAACCCCUUAUUCACUUUGCCUUGAACUGUGGUGCAAGGGGCUGCCCACCAAUUAAAACCUACACUCCACAGGACAUCGACAGCCAGCUCCGCAUAGCAGCUGAGGCCUUCUUGGAGAACGACGACGGCUGUGUGGUGGAUUCCGGGAAAAAAGAAGUGCGACUCAGUCAGAUAUUCAAAUGGUACAAGGCCGAUUUUGGAGGCACUGAUGAGAAGCUGCUGAGUUGGGUGCUCGAGCACAUGGGUGACUCCCCAAAGAAGACCAGUUUGCAGGGCAUCCUCUCUGCCGGGAAGACCAAAGUGAGCUUCCUCCCUUACGACUGGAGCACCAACAGCAGCCACUGAGACACACAUAUACACACACACACACACACACACACGCGUCGAGCUAUAUGCAAUGUCUUUCCGCAUCUGUUCACUUUCUACUGUGCUGCAUCCACUUUAAAACAAGAAGGUUGGCGAUGGCUCACAAAUGCAGUCCAUCGGUCCUCAACCAUGCAAAUGUUUUUAUGCAAAAACAAACCUAAUGGUGAGAGGGUCAACUUUGCACUGUCUCAUCAAAUCAUACUUCUAUUGUUGGCUUAUUAUAGCUUUAAGGUCUUGUCCUAAGGUCCCACGCCGGAACAACUUUAGAUACUUUGUUGAGUUGUACAUUUUAAAGGUUUGAAGAGAGGAUCUAUUUUACAAAUCAAGUUGUACGCAUAUACUUUUUGCUGCAGCAGCCUAAUUAAUAAGAUUAAAAUACAUAUUAAGUAUAUUAUUUACAUAAUUUAUUAAUGUUUUCUUUGUAAAAUGUCAAACCCCGAAAAUUGACAUACAUAUCACAAAUUAUUUUAGAGCAAAUCUCCUGCUGACAGUGUAAUAAAAACAAUUCCAGUCAUCAAUACAGCUUCCUUGUUCUGCAGUCCGAGUCCUUAAACGCUGUCAGCAACUCAGGAGUCAUAGAUGAUCCCUGUCUUUUCAGUCCAAUUCAACACUUGUUGGACUAUUCAACUUACUAAAUGCUCAACUACAAGUCCAAAAGCUUUUGAUUAUUGCAUUUAAUCAGAGCAGAUGGAGACAAUAAGUUGGUUCAUCUCCAAACACACUGCCUUGACAAGCCAUAUCAAAACCCUGUGAACCAUACUUUUACAAAGCUGAUCGAUCAUUUUCAAAUGAUGCAAACCUACACCAUCUAUAGAAUUUGCCAUUUUUAACCUGCAGAUGCAAAGCGGUUGAUGUUUCAUGCUACUGGUAAUGAAAGUAAUAGCUGCUGCAGUUUUGGGGAAGAGAACUUAUAUUACAUCCAGUGGAUAUUAAACACGUAUACUAAAUAUAACUCCGCUUGUGGCUGUAAAACAACAGAUGUUUUGCUUUUUGAAGAUUUUAUAAAGAAAUGUAUGACUUAUUUGCCUCUCUUAACAGCUACGACUCAGGUUUAGCACUGAGUUUUAUUGUUAUCUAGAGAAAUACUUAUUAACCUUUACUCAGCGCUUUUUCAUUGAACAAAUACAAUCUGGUUACAUGCAGCUGUUCUGGCACAUUGUGUGUUACAGUGGCUGUGAUCGGGCUGUGUCCUCUUAAGUCCCCAUCUUUGUGGACAGGGUUAUUUGUAGGAUCCAGCCCCUCAAUUAAAAAACAAAACACAAAAACAGCAACUGUGUCCUUGUUUGAGAAGCACAGACAUAUACAGAGCUCGGACUUUGUCUUGAUCAGCGUUUACUCGUAACCCUCAGUGGGAUUUUUUUUUCUUCCUAAUGUGAGCCUAUGAGGUUGUUCACCCCUCCUCAUCUCUCUAAUCCAGGUCUUCCAGUUUAAAUUGAAAAAGUGCUACUGUUGUCUUUUUAGCACACUUAUUUAGUAAAGGAUGGAGUAAUAUUGUGAAUAAUUGAAAUAUUUAUCCAAAGUAUACCCACUUUGGAUGCACUUUGACACUUUGCAUGUUUUUGCCGGUUUUGAAUGCUAUUUAGGCAUAUCUGUAUGUUUUUCAUGACACAUAUUCAUUGUUUGUCUAUAUGAGAAUAUUGUGUGGUGUUUAUCAAGCUGUUUACUCCAGAGUGUCUGCAGGAACUGAAAAAAUAAAAUCCCUAUCUUCAAAAUAUUUCACAUUACCAAUAUCAGUAGUCAUGAAUACAAUUAAAUGUAGCUGUGUAAGUCCUACUGAUUUUUAUUGUUUGAGUAUUCAUAGGUUAUCCAUUUUACUUUGCCUUAAAAGUUUUUUAAGACUUUUCCAUUUUUUAAAUAAUACAUUUUCAAUUGUGAUUUUCAUUGUGACAUUAAAUCAACAUAAUAUGGUAAUGAGGACUGUCUGGCUUAGAAAAAAACUAUGUAGGGGGCAUCAUCUCUUUCCAUAAUUCACUGACUUUAUAUCUCAGGUCAAAUAAUAAUAUGAGUGUUUAGUCCUAACAAUUUCAGCUCAUUCUGUAUAGUCCAUGUUCCUUCCUAAAGUAAUUGUGUCAUGUGUUAGAAUCCUGCAUAUUACUGCAAAACUAAAGCGAAUGGUUUAUUUAGUAUGGUUGCAAUGCAAACGCCUGCACUGAAUGCAUGAUACUGGAAAACUCUUCAGUCUUGAAUGCUGGCCUGUGGCUGAACUGCGCCUCUGUCACUUUGUUAUUAGCCUGUAAGCUCAGCCAUAAUAGCUUGACCUUUACUCUUCCCCCAGUAUGACUAAUACAGGGUCAUUUAGAGUCUCAUAAGGGAAUUCAAAAGUGCAAAGCCAGCCAUAAUUAAACUCAACCAAAAAGUGCAAGAUUUAAAGUCUCCAGCCUUCACAAAUGAAACCUGUAGUAUAAAUGCCCUCACUUUACUACACUUAAUUCAAUUAUGGAAUGAUUGAAAUCAAAACAAAAAAUAAGGGAAAGGGGAAAAUUGGUGGACUUAUGUAAACUGAGGAAUUGUUUUACUAAUGUAUAUUCAUGAUCCCUGUACUUUUUAAAAAUUACCUCAUACAUAUCAGGAAAUUGUCAUGCAAAAACUUUUUUAAAUAAGCAAUUCUAUUUUCUUCUUUCCUGGUGUUAAUGAAGCAAUAUGUUUAUGAAUAGUAAAUAUGCAAUGCUGAACUAAAAUAAAGUAUACAUUGAGUCUGU